AGACACUCAUUCCAUUAUUGCUAACUCUAUUUUUGGGAAGACUUCUUAAACUUAUGUUAUGGAGAACAUAUUAAAUGUAUGUGUUUAGACCAUGAGCCUGCCAGCCCUAUUGAUAAAUUCUGUUAGACGAGGCAAUUCCACCUGGCCUGCGGUAGGUAUUCAACAUUUUUUAUUGUCUCAAGCCCAUUUACAUCUGAAUCUAGAGAUUAUUUAGGCAUUAUAAUGCAUGUUUAAAUUCCUGUCCUUUUCUGGCCUGCCACAAUUUAUGAAUUAUAUAAAUAUGGCUCUCCAUUUAAUUAAAAUAAAUCCUGUUAAAGUCCCCUUGACAAAGUUUGCACUUCCAUACACUAACAAAAUGUGAGUUCCCAUACCGGGAGUCGAACCCGGGCCGCCUGGGUGAAAACCAGGAAUCCUAACCGCUAGACCAUAUGGGAGAUCUCUUAUGACAUGCUCACCAAAAAGCUAUUUGAUGAUUCACAUACGACGGAAGUAAUUUCAUCAGAUAUUGUACAUAUUUUAGUCAAGAGUAGCAUUUGUACGUUUUAUUAUAGCAAAUAAACGAGACUAUUGUGACUGGUUUAUUUAUUUUUUUUACAGCUCAAAUUAGUAAUUUGUGAAAAUCUCGAUUUCAAACCCAGAAGCACAACCUCUUAAUACUUCCGGAUAUGCUUGCAAUGCAGAUUCGAUUUUAUUUAUUUUUUUAUUUAAAGGCAAGAGCUAUAUUCAAAUGAAUGUCAUACGUAGCUGAAACUCUCAUAAUUACAACCACGCAGUUUUUACAUUACAAGUAGAAACAUCUAUUCAUUUGGAUGCGCUUUUAACAAUCUGCACAUGCGCAAUCUGUGUUGUCCCAGCAUGUCCAAGUGUUAUCUUGAUAGCCUACUAUUUUUGGUUUGUACCUUAACAAUUCCCGUACCUACGUCAUCAGAAACGGACGCCGUAUUGUUGGUUGUUGUUGGUCGUCCAGUGUGUAACAUGUUCUGCUUUAGUCCGUAGUUUAACUUUCUCUUAACUAUAAGAUCGUAUUAGAAGACACAAUGUCUGAAUAUUGGAAGUCCCAGCCGAAGAAAUUCUGUCAGUACUGCAAGUGUUGGAUAGCCGACAACAAGCCUAGUGUUGAGUUCCACGAAAGAGGGAAGAAUCACAAAGAAAAUGUUGCUGCUAAAAUUGCUGAGAUGCAAAAGAAGAGCAUUGACAAGGCAAAGAAAGAGGAUCGUCAGUCUAAAGAGUUUGCUGCCAUGGAGGCGGCUGCACUGAAGGCCUAUGAAGAGGAUAUGAAGAGGUUGGGGAUAGAACCAUCAGGUUCCCCAUCUCAAAUCCAACCUCAAACUCCAAGCCCAGUUCCGUCAAAGUCUCCGUCGGAAUCUCCGUCUCACUCUCGAAAUCAAGAAAAGAAACGAAAGCCUGGAAAGGGAAAGCUGCCCAGAGACGAAUCCAAAAACUGGGUGGAGGGAAAGACAGACGAAGGACUCACAUACUACUACAACAUUAGAACAGGAGAAUCUCAGUGGGACAAACCAAAUGGGUUCCAGGAAAAGAGCAUGCCAUCUCUACAGCCUGCUCAGAUGGAGAUCUCAUUAGGUAGUGCCUGGAUGGAAGCCCUCAGUCCAGAUGGAUAUACCUACUACUACAACACAGAGACUGGAGAUUCUAGUUGGGAAAGACCUGCAGAUUUCCCCGCUGAGGGCGGGUCUGGUUCUAAGCCCAGUGGAGAGACGGUGGGCCCCCCAGGGGUAGAUGACCCAUGUGCCCCCAAGCCAGAACUUCCAUCAGGGGAUGACAGCUCCAACAGUGCCAAAGAAGCCCAGGAGGUGGAGGAAAAAACGACUCCCCCUUCGGAAAAGGAGGGAGAGGACAAAGCUGUUGAUGACAACGGGGGGAAGGGAGACAAAAUUGAGAUAGAGGCCCCAGUAGCCGUGCCUGUGGAAGAGAAGCCUUCCGCGAAGAAGCCGAGGAGGACCACCCCUUAUGGAGCCUGGGAGCAGAUCCAGGAAGUGGAAGACCCUUAUGAGAAAGUGGACCUGCAGCUUCCCCAGGUGGAAAUUACAGAAAGCACCCCGAACCCCACAGAGAUGCCCCCUGAGCCCAAACCCAAGUUUAGAGAGCGUACCAUCACCUCACUAGGGGACAACAGGGAACCUGAGUCAGGGGAGAUGUCAACGUUCAGGAAGAGGAAGGCAGAGAACGGGAAAUCAUCCAGAAGUCUGAGGCAAAGGGGAAAAGAGGACUAGAACCUUACAUGGACUUGUGUUCUUUCAAACCCAAAUGUGUCUAGAGACUUGGGGUCUUUCAAAUACCAUGUUGUUAUUUUAUGAGGGACAAUUCAAUCAACGCCCUGAAAACCCAGCUCAGGCUCAUGUGGGCGCUACUGAGAACCUGAUUGGAUGUAGUUAGUUACUCACCUAGAGGCCAUCAUUUAAAAAUUGGUCAGGUUGAAUUUGACCUCUACAACCACCGAAAUGUCAGCAUAUCAGCAGAUUUGGACAAGCAGGCGUCUGAAUUAAGCUCAAUACCUGCUCCCUUGGCAGCCCUAAUGUAAGCAUUUUUGUUGUACCCUCUACAAUUUUGUUUUCAAUGCCUGAAGCCCCCUUGCUUUUUUAAAUUUUUUGUUGAAUAGCGUACAGCAGUGGCCGACAUGGACAAUAUCAUUUCCAGUGAUGUUUCUUAUUCGUCUGAGGUAUUUUUGACUGGAUAAUUUAUGGAUAUCUUGUAAAGUAUCUCUGUGUUGUUUCUAGUGUGGUGAUUGUUGUAAUUUCUCACAUCACCUCAAGGGAAUGAACUGAACCACUAUUUAGUAUGGUGGAAGUAUGAGGAUAAUGCAGCUUUUUCUACAGUAUGAUUGAUCAAAUAUUGUUGAAAUGCUUUACUUUUUCAUGCACUGUCAAAUAAAUAUUCUGCUGGUGUGGACAUUUUC